CCUUUAGGUUUUAUUUACCACAGGAUUUUUUUUUGAACUGUCACAUGCACCACACAGUUUUAAAACUUAACCGCAGAAACGUCCUAUAAAUACCUGUACAAUGUGUGUUGCACUCCACAACUCAACUCACUCAAAUCCUAAAAACACACACAAAAAAAAAAUUAAAAAAUAAUGAAGAAGCCUUCGGUGACGUCUUUUCUCAUCACUCUCCUCUUGUCUGCAGCUGUCUGCGCCCACGGCACUGCAGAAAUCAACGAAACUCCAGUUAAGGUCGGGGAAAAAUACUUCAUGCUGCCGGUUAAGACAGAGAAUAACGAUGGAGGCAGGGGCGUGCCUUGGCACAGCUAUGGUCUUGUUCCAGCCGCCACCAAAAUACUUCCCUCUUGUUCACUUGGCAUCACCCAAACACAUCUUCCGAACCAACGGGGCAUCCCCGUUAGCUUCCGAUAUACAGAAACUAUCGACAGAGACUACGUUACCACAGACACCUCUAUAAACAUCGAGUUCAUGUCCGACAUCUGGCCAGUCUGCAGCGAGUUCUCCAAGCUAUGGGCAGUCGAUGACUCCUCAUCUGCCAUUAUCAUCGGUGGUAAACACAAGAGCCCAAAUAGCGCGUUUAAGAUACAAAAUGUUACGGUAGAAGAACACACUUAUAAGUUGACCACCUCAUACGGAACCGUUGGAACUACCCCACCGCAGCUACUUGUCACCAAUGAUGAGUCUAAGACCUUAGUCGUCCAGUUCGUGAAGGCUGAUGAUGCUACUAAGGCUACUACUACUACUUCUCGUGUUGAGAAGUUAGGUCUAAGGAUGUUCCCAUUCUACUAGUCAAGAUCAAGAUCAUGAAAUGUAAAAAUCCUUGAGACUCGUCCAUGGCCCGCACGUAUAUAUGUGAAAUCGUCUUUACUUUCAUAACUAAAUCAAUUAAGUUUGUGUUUUCCGGCGCUUUAUGUAAACACCCGCACGUCUGUAUGUGAACUCGUCUUUACUUUCAUAAUAAAUCAAAUAAGUUUGUGUU